AUGAAUUUGAGAUUUGCCGCCCUCCUUCUGUCAGUUGCCCUGGCCUUCGCACUGCCCGAUGACAUCCUCUCCACCUGGCCGACGAGCACCGCCAACAACAUUACCGAAUGCAGCAACCCUCGCUCUAACGACUGUUUAUUCUAUGCUCAAUGUCUCCAAACUCGCUACCGCUGUGCCCCGAGCGACUAUACCCUCGGUUACGGGCAAAAGUACUGUGAAAAAUUCCAAGCCGACGCUUCUCUCCUGUCGACUAAGGGUCAGACGUGGAUGGAGACAGUCAUGCUCUGCUUGCAACGGGACUUGGUACCGUACACCCUCGGUGGGCCGCAAGAGUUUGCCAACUGUUUGGCUUUGAAUGAUUAUGCGUUUAGUACGCAUCCGAAAUGUUAUGUACAGAGUGGGUUGUGCACAUUACCCGUACACGAUUGGGAGGUUAUUGUGUUCCAAAUCGUUGGUGUCGAAACCUUGUUUGAUAGUUGGGAUGCUAUCAAAGCCACUGUGCAAGCUGCCAGUGGUUGUGCUGAGUUUUAUUUAUGGGCGAUUGAGCACGUUAUCCCCGGUCCCCUUACUCUUGGCCUAUCAGUACUUGGCAAAGGACUGGAGCGCUUGGUGGCACGGAAUAUGGCAUGGAUCUCUAUACACCAUAAAGUAUUAGCAAGGCAACAAUUUGGGGCUCUCCCACUAAGAUCUGCAACUGACCUGACCACAUGCCUAACACAUGAUGUUGAACAAGCGCUAAAUCAAGGCAUGACUGCCUCACUCCUUACCCUAGAUGUCAAAGGCGCCUUUGAUUCCGUGCUUCCCGGCAGACUGAUCCGCAGACUACGCGAGCAGGGCUGGCCUACCAAUCUCGUUCUCUGGAUUGCCUCCUUCGCUACUGGAAGAUCAGUUCAGAUCCGACUCGAUGGAGAGAUCGGCCCCUCAACAGACAUUGCCUGCGGUCUUCCACAAGGAUCCCCAGUAUCUGGCAUUCUUUUCAUGCUCUACAUAGCGCCCCUAUUCCGUCUAGGAAACCCAAGGAACAGAUUUGGUUACGCGGACGACGCAGCCAACCUGGCGAUCUCAACUUCUCUUGCUACUAAUUGCGAAGCCUUAUCAGACUCACUUCAAGAAGCUCUUAAUUGGGGCACUGCAGAGGGCAUUACAUUUGCACCAGAUAAAUACGAGCUUCUUCACUUCUCCCGACAUAAAGCAGACCAGGACCCAACCCGCACACCUUCAGUGAAAGCUGGAUCUAUUACAAUAUCAGAAAACACCAAACGGCUAUAUCUACGAUGGCUAGGAAUCCUCUUUGACAAAAAGCUAACGUUCAAAUGGCACGUUAGAGAAACAGCAUCUAAAGCCCUCACUGUGGCCAACGCUCUUCGCUCUCUAGGGAAUACUGUUCGAGGAGUCAAACCUGAUUUACUACAGCAGGCUGUAUCAGCCUGUGUACUCCAUAAAGCAUACUAUGGCGCAGAAACCUGGUGGCCAGGACGUACUCGCCCUGGACCUUCCCAGAUUUCAAACCGAGUUGGAGAACAUCUUGAGAAACUAACUAAAGUAAUACUAACAGGCGCAAGAGCAGUCCUUCCAGUCUUCCGCACAACCCCAAAGCCAGUCCUUUAUCGAGAGUCUGGAUUCUCUCCACCAGAAAUCGAACUAGAUCGAAUAGCCCUCCUUGCAACUGUCCGCCUACGGCGUCUCGACCCUUAUCACCCACUUCGAAGACGCGCAGAACAGAUCGCUAGUAAUGGCCGACAAACCAGCCGAUUUGCCCGCCGUACACUGGCCCUCCCAAACUCUGAACAGAUAAACCCUCUCCAAUACGCUCCCUGGCACCCUCGCGAGCCUCGUGGGAAUGCUCAAGCUCGAAUAGGAGCUCCCAUGGGACGCACUAAGGAACAGGCAGCGGCUAAUUUCAUGGCUUUUCAACGUACCAUCCCUAGCUCAGAUAUUGUAAUCUUUUCAGAUGGAUCUAGGCUAGCAGACGGACGUGCAGGGGGUGGCUAUAUUGGACUCCAAGCACACCAUCAGUUCCUCCGCUCCUCACUCUCAUACGGACACGGGAAAGAGGUCUUCGACGCAGAAGCAGAAGCAGCUCUAGCUGGCGCUCAAGCAGCAAUAGCGUACCCAACAGCUCAAUUUGCUACCAACCUAUGGAUCUGCCUUGAUAACCUGGAAGUUGCCGUACGCCUUCUAUCUCCCUCUACAGGAUCUUCCCAAGAAAUCUUUGAAUCCUUCCGCACCCUUGCAGCCGCCUGGCCACUUCGCAAAAGGCUUCCUCACACCAAAAGCGGAUCUAUCCAAAUCCGAUGGGUCCCUGGACACGCUAAAAUCCCUGAGAACGAAGCGGCUGAUCUCGCUGCCAAAGAGGGAGCUGCCUCAAUCCCUCCUGCUCCUCACAAAUCCUCAUACGCCUCGCUAAAGAGAUACGCCAAGACUCAAUCCCUAUCCGCUGCUCAGUCACAAUGGGAGAAGGUGGCACCACAGAGCUAUCAAGAUCUAGAAAUAACCACUUCCCCUAAGCGCCCUGGGGAGCUUCAACUCAACCGACUUGACCUCGGCCAUGUUAUUGCGGCCCGUACUGGUCAUGGAGACUUUGCAGACUACCAUGAACGCUUCAACCAUGAUGACGCUUAUCUUCUCUGCCGAUGCGGAGCACGAAAAGCACCUCUGCACUUCUUCUUCUGUUAUAUAGCUAAGAGACGAGCCCCUCGGCCUCCUGGGCCCCCUUCUGAGGUCAUCUCUUUUCUCUUAGGCACUGCUAAAGGAGCACAAAAGCUAGCCACAUGGCUAGCAGAGACCCACUUCUUUGAGGAUAUCUGCCCUCGCCAACCUCUCCUUAGCACCUAG